AUGUAUAUGGGGGUGAACAUUCCUCAGCACUUGCAACAGCAACAACAACAGCAACAGCAGCAGCAAAUAACUUCUGUAUAUGAUCAGCAAAUUCCUUCAGUUUCUUCUUACAGUUCUUCAUCUUAUCCUCCCCUUAAUCAUCUUCAGUAUCCUGCAAAUCCUUCUCUUCAUCCGCAAUCUAAGAUGCAUUAUCCACCAUCAUCAUCGUCAACAUCUGUGCAAGGACCAGUGGCGAAUAGCAACAUGGUAGCACAAACACAACCACAGAUUGCACCAUCUCAAUCGGAAAGUUAUAAUUUUAAUGGUGAACGAAUGGUUGAUGGAAGAAAAAUGGUGAAUACUCAGACAUGGAUGAAUGAACAUCGCUUUUAUAAUGUUCCACAGCAACAACCUUCUACAUCAUCACUCGUUUCUCGUAUGACACAUUUAAGCGGUACAACGGACGAUAUGAGCAUGUUAAGUGUUAAUACUCAAAUUAGUGACAUUCAGCAGUUAGCUGAUUUGAGAAAAACGUUUCAUUCAUCCGCGCCAUCUUCAUCUUCGUCAUGUGCAGAAAAUGUUGAUCCCAAUCGGACGGAAUACACGCAUUUUGUUAACGGUUAUCUUGAUAAGAUAAAUGCUAAUCUUAGUUCAGCUGAUAAGAAAAUGCAGUAUGAAAUAAUGCGAAUAAUAUUUAUGAUGACUAUACAGAAUGAUUUUGAACGAGCUGAUAUUCAGAAACUGGAAACAAUGAUGUCCUCUUUAAUGCAACGAUGGUUAAGACAAAAUGAUAUUGAACAGGAUAUUAUUGAUACUAUACUACGAAUUAUGUCAAAUUUAUCAGCUUAUGGGAAAUCAAAGCAAAUUAUGGCGAAGUGGAUGGCAAAUUAUUGCGAUGAGGUGCUCGAAACAUUUGUGCGUUGGAUGGACCCAAGUCAGAAAUAUUGCAAAUAUGCAUUGAAUACUGUUCAUUCUUUAUUGGAAAUGGUAGACAAAUCAAAAUGUGGAAAGGCUGUUCGAGAAAAUAUUAUUACACGAGUCGUUGCCGUGAUGAAAGAAAUGGAAAUACAUGGAGAUAGAUAUUUCAUAAAAACGUCAAAAUCCAAGCAAUAUGUUUACGAUCUUGUACGUCGCGUUUAUAAUGGAAACGAUAUUAUGCGCAAAUGUUUCGAAUCUAAAGAUGGAUUAAAAAUUUUACUGGAGUUAUUAAAGAGCGAAAUGAAUGAACUCGUAGUUUAUCGUAUAGUUCGUGCACUUUAUGCUCUGAUAUGUUCUCAAGAUAGGUUUUAUGGAAUGCGCUUUGUUGCAUUUGGUGGUAUACAGGCACUUUUCUUACAGACAAUAUCGCGUUUAUUAGCAAAUCCAUAUUGUUCGGAACGGGUUGCUCUUGAUAGUUUACUCUGUUUACGAGCUAUAAGUGAUUUGAAUGAUGUUCGCAUGGUUGAUAAUCGUGAAACUAUAUUGCUUAUUUUGCGAGCGAUGGAAAGCCAUCGUAUAAAUCCACUUAUUUUAAUGGUCGCUGUUGAUUUUCUUGGAAAUGUUUCUGCAAGUACAUUAGAAAAUGUUAACAUCAAUAAAGAUAUAAUCGUGCAGUGUAAUGCUAUUGACGGUUUAGUCCGAUUAUUGUUAAGAUUUCAUGAAAGGCGGCAAGAGGUAUCCAUCAAAAAUCUUUUUGCUUCGAUAAUUUGGGCAUUACAUAUAUUUACAACCGGGUGUUCAACACCAGAAUUAACGAACUGUGCCAGAAAGCAGCUUGUUAAAUCAAAAGAUACUCCUUGGAUUUUAUUAUUCGAGUUAGCCAAUUCAGUCGAUCUUACAAUUCGUUUAUAUACACUUAACUUAUUCCUACGCAUUGUUGAAGCUGAUCAAUUAAAUCAUCCUCCAAUUUUGUUUAAUAUUAAUGUUAAUAACAAUUCUCUAAUUGAUGUAUUAUUUGAAAUUAUAACUACAACAGUUAAUACUUUAGAGAUGAGUACUAAACCAAAUCAAAAGAAAGAUAUUGUACAAAGGGCAUAUGCACUAUUAGGAGCGUUGGCCAAUUGUAAUUUAAAUUUCGCUACGUCAAUUCGAUACGCUUGUGGUGCUUAUCAGAUAUGGGAAUUGUUAAAUAGUCAAGAUGGUGAUGUGGUUCGAAGCACAAUUGAUUUCAUGAUGUUUGUCAUUAAAGAUGAAACAGUUCGAGAGCAUCUUUCCAAGGAUUUUAAUUUAGUGGAGGCGAUUAGGAAUCUUUCUACCCAAAUGAACGAUAAUUCUGUUGGUGCUCAGUUUUUAUUGUAUCAUUUAACAGCUGAAUCGGAACCGAUGGCAUCUUUCACACCGAUACUGUGA